AUGAGCGACCGGGAGAAGGCCUCAGGAGCGGAGGAUGUGGACAGCGUCGACUUUAACGGGCUCGAUGACCCAGCACGAGCUCAGAAUUGGAAUCCAUUCAAGAAAUGGAUGAUGAUAGCGGUACUUGCGCUCAUGACCUUCAUAUCCACCUUAGCCUCCACCAUGUUCGCGCCUAGUGUUCCAUCAGUCAUGAUGGAAUUUCGGUCGAAGAGCUCGACUCUGGCCACUUUCGUGGUGUCGGUAUAUGUACUGGGGAACGCCGCCGGCCCUCUCAUUCUCGCGCCGCUAUCAGAGGUUUAUGGGCGGGCGCCCGUCUACCAUGCCACGAACUUCAUCUACGUCGUUUGUACGGCAGCAUGUGCUCUCAGUGUAGAUCUGCCUAUGCUGAUUGUGUUUCGAUUCCUCGCCGGCGCGAUGGGCUCGGCAGUCUUGUCUCUGGGUGGAGGCACUAUCACUGACCUCUUCGUUGCUGAGGAGCGCGGAAGGGCGAUGGCUGUGUGGUCGCUGGGCCCUCUGCUGGGUCCCGUCGUAGGACCAGUUGCAGGGGGCUUUAUCGCUGAUGCAAAAGGCUGGCGAUGGAUUUUUUGGAUUCUCACUAUUGCAUCCGGUGUAGUGACAAUAGCCUACUACUUCUUCGUGCCAGAAAGCUACUCGCCCGCCAUCCUGGAGAAAAAAGCGUCGCAUCUGCGCAAGACAGAGAAUCCAAAUCUUCGAUCUAAGCUCGCGUCUCCUCUCCCCCCUGGCUUGACACUUUACAGAGCUGUUAUCCGCCCGUCCCAGAUGCUGCUGUUCUCCCCAAUCGUUACCCUACUCUCGGUGUUUAUCGCCGUUGUCUACGGCCAACUAUACCUCCUCUACACGACUAUCACCUUCGUCUUUGAAGCCCAAUAUCACUUCGCUCACCGUGUCACAGGUCUCGCCUUCCUUGGUCUAGGCGUUGGUAUGCUCCUCGGAGCCGGAGUAUUUGGCGCUGUAUCAGACCGUACACUGAAAUCCAAGGCGAGAGUAAACGAGGGUGGUGAACUGAAGCCUGAGUACCGCCUUCCGGUCAUGGUGUAUGGUGCCAUUCUCAUCCCUAUCGGUCUAUUUAUAUACGGAUGGACAGCAGAGAAAAAAUCCAUGUGGAUUAUCCCUAUUAUCGGAACGGGCUUUGUUGGCGCAGGCAUGAUGGCUACCUUUGUGAGUUCCAGGUCAAAUUCAUCCAGCUUUGAUCGCGCAUGA